AUAUAUACAUAUAUAUUUUUAGGUGCAUACUCACCGAAAACUCUGUCAACAAGUGCAUUUAAUUAACCGCUCUAAAAUGGGCAAUUCGAGUUCCAUUUGCGCCGAUCGCAAUGCCGUUAGGAAUUUCGAUGAAAAUGGCACGCCGGUGUAUCCAACGGCAAAUAACUCAUACAACCCUUCCAAUGGCCAAGUAUCCCCAUAUCAUCACCAUCAUCAGAAGCAGCAGCUGCACGAACAACAACAACAGCAACAUCAUCAUGAGUACUACAAAACCACAAUACCAAUUGGUCAUACCGUUGGCAACGCCACCAGCUGUCAGUGUGAAACAGCUGAUUUGAGCUCGAAUAGCGUCCAUACCAACAACAACAACAACCACCAUGCAAAACCCACACCUACACACAUGCUCACCCAUACACACACAAGCACGCACUGUAGCUGUACGCCGACGCCGGCGCAAAAAUGGCGCAGUAGUCGUUUGUGUAAAAAUCAUACGAGCGCAACAACAACAACAACGACGACGACUACUACGACACUCGAAUACGAGCUUUCCAAUUUUGCAAAACUAACAACACAAAUCAGUACGCAACGCGACGUCGACGAGGCGACAGCAAGCGAGGCGAGCGAACGAGAAUCAGAAAUAAUUGGUUCCACGGUAGCAACUACAGCAACAACGACAUCGGACUCAAGCGAGCAAAUUGUUUUGCCACCACUUUUAUCCUCGCACGAAUUUCAAGAACUACAGAAAAGCCUUCAGGCUCUUCACCAUCAGUCCAACUACACCCAACAACAGCGCAACUACUCCACCAUGAGCAAGGCCGUGUCCAUAGAUCAGUACGCACCACGCGAUCGCCUUGGCAUUUGGGGUCCUGGCGACAACGAAAUCGUUGGCAGCAUUUCGGGCCUGGAGCGUUUAAGGAACAAGCGCUACAACAAGGGUCUCGCCUUCACGCAUGCGGAACGCCAGCAAUUGGGCAUUCACGGGCUGUUGCCGUACGUAGUGCGCACCGAUGAGGAGCAACUGGCGCAUGCCCGCGCCCUGCUGGACCGCCUGGAAACCGAUCUGAACAAGUACAUGUACCUGAUUAGUCUGUCGGAGCGGAAUGAGCGCUUGUUCUUCAAGCUGCUGGCAUCGGACAUCGCCCACAUGAUGCCGCUCGUCUACACGCCCACUGUGGGUCUGGCGUGCCAGAAGUUCAGUCUGAUCUUCCAGCGUCCAAAGGGCAUGUACAUCACCAUCAAGGACAAGGGCCACGUGUACAAUGUGCUGAAAAACUGGCCGGAAAUGGAUGUGCGCGCCAUUGUCGUGACAGACGGCGAGCGCAUUUUGGGAUUGGGCGAUCUGGGCGCCAAUGGCAUGGGCAUCCCUGUGGGCAAGUUGGCCCUAUACACUGCCCUGGCCGGCAUCAAGCCAAGCCAGUGCCUGCCCAUCACACUGGAUGUGGGAACGAAUACACAGUCUCUGUUGGACGAUCCCCUCUACAUAGGGCUGCGCCAGAAACGCCCCGUUGGCGAGCUCUACGACGAAUUCAUCGACGAAUUCAUGCGCGCAUGCGUGUCGCGCUUUGGCCAGAACUGUCUCAUUCAGUUCGAGGAUUUUGCCAACGCGAACGCUUUCAAGCUGUUGGCCAAAUACCGCAACGAUUACUGCACAUUCAACGAUGAUAUCCAGGGAACUGCCUCGGUGGCCGUCGGCGGAUUGUUGGCUUCGCUAAAGAUCAAGAAGACGCAGCUGAAGGACAACGUACUGCUGUUCCUGGGCGCAGGCGAGGCUGCUCUGGGCAUUGCCAAUUUGUGCGUUAUGGCCAUGAAGGCCGAGGGCCUAAGCGAUGACGAGGCCAAAUCCCGCAUCUGGAUGGUGGACAGCAAGGGCGUCAUCGUGCGUGACCGUCCAAAGGGUGGCUUAACGGAGCACAAAUUGCAAUUCGCUCAGGCCCACGACCCCAUCGAUACCCUGGAGCAGGCCGUGCGUCGUGUGCGUCCCAACGUUCUGAUCGGAGCUGCCGCCCAGGGCGGAGCCUUCAAUAAGGAGAUUCUGGAGCUGAUGGCUGAGAUCAAUGAGACGCCCAUCAUCUUCGCCCUGUCGAACCCCACCAGCAAGGCCGAGUGCACAGCCGAGGAAGCGUACACGCACACACAGGGCAGAUGUAUUUUCGCCUCGGGCUCCCCCUUCCCGCCCGUCACCUACAAUGGCCGCAAGUUCUACCCUGGCCAGGGCAACAACUCUUACAUAUUCCCUGGUGUCGCUCUGGGAGUUCUCUGCGCCGGCAUGCUGACCAUACCCGAGGAGGUAUUCCUCGUAGCCGCCGAGCGUCUGGCCGAGCUGGUGUCCAAGGAGGAUCUCAACAAGGGCAGUCUGUACCCACCUCUGACCUCGAUUGUCAACUGUUCGAUUGCUAUUGCCGAGAAGGUGUUGGAGUAUGCCUACAAAAAUGGUCUGGCCACUGUUCGUCCCGAGCCCGCUAACAAGGUGGCGUUCAUUAAGACGCAAAUGUACGAUCUCGACUAUCCCGGGGCUGUGCCCAAGACCUAUACCGUGUAAAUGAGCAGCUGCAGGAUUCAUGGUUCCUCUCUGGAACUAUUUUUGCCGUCGUCCUUUUUGUCACCCGUCGUCGUAGUAGUUGUCUAUCAUCACAGCGUUCGCCCAUUCCAUUCAACGUUCUCUUCAAAUGCCUUUACGUAUCUCUGGUAUCCACAAAUAUUCGGCGAUAUUCCACGGGCACUGGCGGCACCUCGUAUGUUAUUUAAUUUAUAGCGUCGCACAUCUCUGUAGCAUAUAGCAAGAUUUUCAGAUCAACCCAUGCACCAAACCCCCCUCUAUAUGUUCGCUGCCCCAAGCUCACCAAAAUCUUUGAUAAUCGUUUCUUAACUUUGCUAAUUGGACCGACAAUUUUUACGAUGUUGAUAUGUAAAUGGGAUAUUAAUAUACUUACUAGCAGAUAUAUCUAUAUAUGGAAAAUCUAUGUGAACUUCUACACAAACUAAUCUAAGUACUGUGUAUAAAAUAAAGAAUAUGAAAUAAAAUUACCAAACCUA